AUGAAGGUGACAUUGCUAUCCGCUCUGCUUAUUGCAUCAGCGUCUGCCGAUGCAGGCACUUGCACCAAGGAUGCAUGUCUCAAAGUGGUUGGACUCUCUAAUUGUCGAGCUCGAAGAUGGCCGCCUGCGCAUGAGAGCGACUGUUCCUCAUUCCUUAGAUACACUUCCAUCCCUCCUGUGACGACAGUGACGGCGACUGGAGUGCAAUCGACCGUGAGUCUGAAAGAUACCGAGACUCUGGGUCCGGAGACAGAUGAAGCUACGGCGACACAGUCCGAUCAAACCGCCACAACCAGCGUCACAUCGGACCCUGUGACCGUCUAUUUUGCUGUCACUCCUACCAAGACUGUCACCGUCACUAUUACACCAGACCCUUACCUCGAGACGGAUGUCAACACCGAAACCGUUGUUCAGACUGACGUGAACACCAUCACGGAAACAACCUAUUAUGGCCUCCCCUCGAAGCGUGCUAUCGCAGCUCGAUCCACCAAGAACAUACUCAGGCCAACGAAUAUCCCAUCCUAUGCUGCAUCAUGCACAGAUGCCGAACAGUACAGCAGUGCUUGUGCCUGUAUGGGUGUUCAAGAGACUACCAUCGAAGGAACUGGUUCUAUCAUCACUGAGACUGUUGAGCCUCACCCUGAAACGGUCGUCAAUGUCCACACGGAAACCCAGCCUGCAGUGACCAUCACUACAACCCUUCCAGCAAAGACUCGAUAUGUAACCGUCACUCUCCCGGGACCUCGAAUCACCUCAACAACCACCGCCGACGCUACCACCGUUUCGACCUCCUUUACCGCCGAUCAAGAAACCUCUAUAAUCACUCAGCAAGCCACCGAAGUCGACAAGACUACAUCCAUCACCACCGAGACCCGCUCCGUCGGACCAAUCUGCACAACCUAUACACCUCAAAGCGCAUGCCAGUGCAAAUUCGAGGUCCUAUGCGACACAGAAGUCAACGUUGAUAAUUCAGUCUUUUUCAGACAAAUAGACUUCAACGUUUAUGUUGGUAGUUUUGAGGAGUGUAUGCAGCGUUGCGACAGCAACCCGAGCUGCCAGUUCGGUGAUUACGCAGGACUUCCAAAUGGUGGUCUUUGCUCAAGCUAUAGUGGCAACCCGGGAGAUUCUGGAACUUCGUCUCUUAGCGGAACUAAGUACUAUGAGAAGGAUGGAAAUUCGAAACAAGCCAAUAUGAGAAUCGGUUUCCUCGGCAUGGGAACGAUGGGCACGCCCAUGGCCCUCAAUCUUCGUCGACAAUUCCCCGUCACCGUCUGGAAUCGAAAUGCCGCCAAAUGCACGCCCCUCGUCGAAGCCGGUGCUAAAGCCGCGAGGACCCCUUCCGAGGUGGUUGAGAAGUCCGAUGUCAUUUUCACAAUGCUCUUCGACGGCCGAGCAAUGCAAUCUAUGAUCGACAGCGAACCAGGCGACAGGUUCAUGAAAGCCAUCCGUGGCAAAACGCUUAUCAACACAAGCUCAGUACCUGUCGACUUCAGCCAUAAGCUUGCGCAGCAGGUCCAAGAUGCGGGAGGAAAGUUUAUCGAAAUGCCUGUUAGUGGCAGUAAAGUCCCAGCUGAGCAAGGAAAACUUGUAGGCAUGAUGGCUGGAGACCGAGAGGUUGCUGAACAGAUCAAACCCAUCGUCGAUCCUAUCACUCGUGCCGCCAUCUACUGUGGCCCAAUCGGGUCCGGUCUCAAGGCCAAAUAUGCCACCAACCUAUUCUUGAUCUCUGUGACAACGGGCCUCGCUGAGUCAGUGAAUCUUGCACGAGCUCAAGGGUUGGAUCUGGAGGCCUUUGGGGAGGUUCUGAACAAUAGUCCUAUGGCAUCCGUAUACUCCAAGAUGAAGAUCGCAAAGAUAUUGAAUGGAGAUUGGACACCCCAAGCUGCGAUCAAAGACUGUUAUAACAGCACUGAGCUGAUCAAGUCGGCGGCUGAAGGUGUGCAAGUUCAAACACCAUUUAUCCAAGUAUGCAAUUCUCUCUACAGAGAGGCUCACGAAACUGGCCUGGGGGAGGAGGACAUGAUGGCUGUCUAUAAACUGUUUGCCGAAAACCCGAGCAAGUAUAUUCUUGUCACCGGUGCCAUUUCGCUAAUCCGCCAGACUUCAAGCCUGGAUAAAGCUUCGUUGCUCAUUUUGGAAAGAAUUCAGACUAUGGAGAGUAAUGUGCUCAAACAGAUCGUGGAUGCUACAGCUACUGGUCCUCUCAGAGCGCCGAGUGCCAAUUCAGCCACGCCUGCCUCGCAAGAGAGACCAAGAUCAUGGAAUCAGUGGCCGAGCGGGGACAUAAUAAUGUCUUGGAAUGUACUUCGAGAACCUAUCACUAGAUGCGGUCAGCAUCGACACUGGGAGCUGUACCGGAAUGAGCUACUAAACAGCCCUGAUGGAAGCUCAGAGACACCUGGACCAAGUCCUUCGAUAAAGGCAGAGUUCGCGAGACCAGAUACAACAACUGAUUCGCUCGACUAUGGCCAAGUUAUGUCAGACAAUAUGCUAACGGAUUCCACUCCGGAAUCAGCAAAUCUCACGGCAUCGCUUAUCAGAAGCUAUGUCGUUAAUAUCCACAGCAAGUCCCCAAUCUUGGAUCUUGACUUCUUAAAGGAUUUGGAAGAUCGACUAUUGAAGGAUAGCGAGCUUCAAAACUGGCCAGUCCAGAAGCAGCUACCGACAGGACUAAAUCCUCCAGACAUGGCAAUCUUGCUAUUAGUACUCGCUCUAGGAGAAGUAUCAGCAAGGACAUCUCCCGAGAAGCAACCGCUUGGUCAAUCCCAUUACAUAACUCUGGCACUUCCCUGGCUUGGAGUUACUGCGUUUAGUAAUUGCUCACCCAUCAAAGACUUACAGGCACAGUUACUACUGGCGAGUUAUCAGAUGUGGAUUCUUAAACCGUGGAAGGCUUGGUGUUAUGUUGAGACAGCAGCUGCCAAAGCUGAGACAAUGCUACUAAGGUAUCCCGAUAUUCUAGAGCAGAAGCUGAGCCAUAGAGUACUAUGGGCGACUGCAAAGAUGCAGCUGGAGCUAACGGAAGAGAUCUAUCCUCAUCUUGGGCUUCUCAAGUCCGGCAGGCUCGGGCAUCUGAUUCAAAGCACUCCAAUUCCGCCACCACCUCCUCAGCCGUUCGAAUGGCCGAGCAUCGGUUCACAGCUUGACACGGAUACGUGGUAUUACUACCUAGCUGAGACAUCCAGCCGGAGAUUGGUUGAACGUAUCAAGGCUGAACUUUACAGCGAAGACUCUACCGGAUCUGAUAUAGCACCCAGUUAUCCAUUAGCGCGCGAGUUUGAAUGUCAGAUAAACGAAUGUCAAAAGGAUGAGCUCCCUCCCAGCAGACCUUCGAGUUGCUUCACACUUUCCCUCUGA